CAUAGAGAUCAAUGCAUGACUGAGAGAAACAUUUUACUUAAGUGGAACUUAGGAUUCACUCCUCUUUGAAUAAGCAUGGAGUGAAAUAAUAGAUAUUCAGGUUUUGUCUUUAUUUUCUAAUAUUGCUGGGAAUGUGUUUUUAACAAUCUAGACGUAGGGUUGUUUAUCCCUUUCCUCUUGGCUUCUACAAAGUCAACAAUAUGUUAUUAAAUCCGUCCAUCCUUUCACACUUGAAAUCUAAAAAGGUUUGAAACCAUGAUCAAAUAAAUGCACAGAGUUAAGUUGUAUAUUUUUGUAAUACCACCUUUGUGUUUGUGUCCGACUGUCUUUCCUGCUGUGUUUAUGGGGGUGGAAAACUAAAUGGUAUAGUCCUGUACGUUAGAAUGUUUUAGUUUGAAUGAACAGCAUUUUAUCCAUCAUUUGUUCCUAGCUCCAAACCGGAAGUGCCCUUGCAUUCUUCUCCUGAUAACUAUUAAUGGUGAGAAGAUGUGUGAGCCUGAGAUUGAUGCCCUGGUGACAGCUCAGGAGGAUGAGAACAGCAGCCUCAACUACUAAGGACUCCGAGCCUCCUCCCUUACCCAAAUCAUUGCAGACAAAAUCGCAGAAAGAUAGCUGCCCCAUCUCGCCAGGUAAGGUGUAACCAGGAGGUUUUCCUCAUCUGUCCUCUGAUUCCUACCAUUGUGUUCAGAAGUGGUUAAGUCCAUCAGCAACUCAUCAGUGUCUAGUUGUCAUGGCAGACAGUCGGCAGCCCGAGGUGUCGGGCCCUCCCACUAACGGAGCCCAGGACCAGUCAGCUGCCCUCGCUGGCCACGGAGAGAACGGCUUCUCCUCUUACAGAGAGAACGGCUAUCACGGAGGACACGCUGCCACAGCAGAGCAAGUGUCAGCCCGUAUAGUUGAGAAGGUGACAGCAGAGGCGGUGGCAGUGCUCAAGCAGGAGCAGGACAAGCAGGACUCUACUAGGAGACUGUCCUCAGUGGAGGACUCUGCCAACCUGCCACCCUCCCCUCCCCCCUCUCCGUCGGCAGAGCAGAUCGGACCCAUGGAGCAAAACCUGCCGGUGAACCCAGAGAAGCCUCGUUCCGACAAUCCUGCCAUGGCAGAGGAGCAUCCACAGGGGGCACCCCCUCCGCAGAGCCCGGUGGCCCCCACCACAGAGAGAGAAACACCCGAGGGAGCAGAGAGCACUGUGUCCAUCGCUGAGUUCUCCACUGGUUCCCCCAAAAACAAAUCUCUAACUGAUCCUACCCCCACAGAACCCGAGAAAACGGUUCAGCCUUUAGUGGAACCAGAAAAGGGGCAAGGGACUGGAAUUACCACUAGUGUGGUUCCUAAGAUGGAAUACCUUCCGGAGCCCAAGACCACCGCUGAGAAACAGCCCUCGGUUGAAGAGCUCGACUCAGUUCCUCUUUCAGUUGUAUAUGAGCCCCUGAAAGAUUACAUUGAGGAAGAGGAGGAAAAUGAUGCUUAUGUUACACCCAGUAAGUCAGCAAACCUUCAGAGCGUUCGUGAGGAGAAAGAGAUCACAUCAGAGAAAACUGAGAAAAGAAUGCUGAGUCUAGGACAAUCGACCGCCAGGCCAUUGUCAUUUGAGACUGAGAAGAUUGAAGAGACUCCUCAAAGUAAUGUCAGUGAUGGAGAAAACCCAGAGCAGGAGGCACACAUAUCUGCUGCAGAUAGUCUAAAAGACAAGCAGAGUUCGGAAGGUAAGUCUGGAGUUGCUUCAAAAGAUGAGUCAGGUAUGACGGCCUACUUUGAGACCUCUACACAAAGGGAUACUGAAAAACCAGGAGAACGUGGUGAGGGUUACUAUGAGCUCAGUGCUGUCAGCCAGAAGAAGCCCUCAGAGGAGGUUCUGGAGGCCGAUUCAGACAUUAAAAUAAGCGAUUCAGCACCAGAACAGACAAUGUCCAGUAUAACGUUGAUGAGUGACAGUGCCAUGGACAAGCUAGAGGAUCUCCCUAAGAGGAAGGAUGUGUGUACUAGGCUGUCACCUGGCAAAUUGUCAUUGGAACACAGAAGUCUUUCUCUGAAUUUUGCUAUUGGCUCAAUGGGUCAAGCAGGAGAGCAAAACCAGUCGAAGCUCUCAUCUCUUACAGAGGUCUCUUCCGGAAGCCUGGAUGAAACCACAGGCUACCUUCCUGUAACCACCCCAUUAGUAACAUUAGAGAGACAGUUACUUCCUGUGACUCCAGAGAUAGCUCUCCCAGUCCCUACCACUGAAACCUCCACGGAUCUACCUGAAGACACCACCGCUAAGACAAUGUGUUCUCCUGAGUUGUCACUCUCACCCAUGAAGCAACACUACACCCAUUUGAAUGACCCAUCCAACGACCUUCCUGAGAUGCUGGACCUAGCCGGUGUUAAGCCCAAACCCACCCUGGAGAAGAGGGAGCUGGACCAGCAUAAUAGAAGGAGGUCUGUCCCUGCCUGUCCAUCUGCUGCUCUGGUGGGCAGUUCUCUGGCCAAGCUGGUGCUGGGGAACCAGCAGACGCCCAGGGUGGUGGGUGGAGAGGAGAGCCAGCAGGAGGAGCGUGGUUACUGCGUGUUUAGUGAGUACUCUGGUCCCAUGCCCUCGCCUGCCGAUCUGCACAGCCCAGUGGGCUCCCCACACCAACGGUUCCCCACAGUGACUGAAGGGGACAGUGACGAGGAACUGGGAGCCAUUGCGGAAGAGGGCGAGCAAAAGCUGGCACCGCAAAAAACAAACCAGGCAGAGGAAUCGGUUGGAGGAACAGUUAAGCCAAUUUCGGUGCUUGAAAGAGCUGUCACGGCAGGUGUCAAACCGGAUCGUCUGAGGAUCCCUGUGGCUCCAUCCAAAGACAAACUGACAGAGUUCCGGCUGGAGAGCGGUCUUCCCGGGGACAUCAAAACCCAAGCCAUUCCUGAGGUAGAGUUGGAGCAGGACCUCUCCAGAGAAGCGUCCCCCAUCCCACCAGACUUCGCAUUUACUUUUGGCACUGAGGUGAAGGACACCAAGCUUUUUGCGACCUCUGAGGCUCCAGCAAAAAAGGCUGCCGCUGUGGAGGGAACCAGUAGAGUCAAAGUAGAGGUGGCGUCAGCAAGGAUUGGGAAGAGUCAGAAGACUGGUCUUAAAAAGCCAGAGAUGGAGAAAGUGGAGGAGACCUCAGACCCAGACCAUCAGACUGCUGUUGAAGACUUACAGCCAAAGGAUGUUCGAGGACUGGAGAGAGAAAAGAAAAAUGAACCCAUGACAUCAUCACCUGAAUCAUUAGUGGAGAUCAUCAAUGCGCAGGAGAAGAAGCGUGAAAGUGAACCAGAGAUGUCAACAGUACCAGCGGAGGCUGUCGUUCCAAAAGAAGAGGCCAAGACCAAAGCUGAAGAAACAUCACCAACACCCUCUAACGUGAGCACUGCAGAUGUGGAGGAAGCCACAGAGCAACUAGAAGAGAAAAGUCCAGAGAAAAGUGUUUCUGGAAGUUCUCCAGUUAUAGUCAUACCUCAGGCACAAGUUGAGGAAGAGGAGGAGGAAGACGAUAUAGAAGUAGCUGAGGAAGUCUUGGAGGAAGUUGAAGGCCCUCCUGUGCUCCUCAAGGAGAAAGAGCAAGAGAGUCACCCUAUGGAGAAGCAGGAGGAGGUGGCAGAAGAGGUGAGGGUGGUGGGUGGGGCGGAGGAGGUGAUUGUUGAAAAUACUAAAGAUUUGGAGUCUGCUGUUGCUGGGGAUGAUGAAUCAUGUGAUGCUACUGCCCCAACCAUUGAUGAAGGGGAUUAUGCCGAUCGCAUCUCUCAUCUAUCUGCCUGCUCUGGAAACGACCAGCCACAAACCCUAGAUGGAAAGGAGGCAGAGAAAGAGAAUAAUAAAGUGGAGGAUAAAGAAGGGGUGGUGCUGCAGGAAGAGGAGGAGUCCGCUGAAGUGGGGCAGGAAGUUGAGAUGAAGGCUUCCAGUCGCGAGGAGACGGAGACCUCAGACGUACUGCGGAGCCAGACCAGCGAGACCACCGCUCUCGAUGAGACCACCAUGGACGUCUCCAUGUUAGACAGCGAGAGUGGCUGGGUGGACUCACAAGAUGAUGACAGAAGUGUAAUGACAGAGCAGAUUGAAGCUCUGCCCAAAACACAGAGUCCUGUCAAGACUCCCCUGGUAGAGAGACCCUCUAAUAAACGUCCCCCCGGCAGAGGACAGGGGCGCACCUCCACCCCCGAGCGCAAACUCAACCGCAGAGAGCCCGUCAGUCGUCGUCCAAAGGAGGAAGAGAAGAAGAAAAAAGCGGGGACGAAGAGAACUGAACAGUGUAAGGUAUCAGUCCUCCAGUGUCGCUCUCCCACUCGGAGGAUUGUAGUCAAAGCUGCUACGUUCAGACAAGCUAGACCUGCUUCGCACCACGGCUCUGCUAGACGCAAGCCACCAGCCGCGGAGGACCAGCAGCCUCUUAAUGUGACCCACCAAUCCCGGGAAAGGACCUCUGAGGGUACCUACCGGACUCCAGAAAAGAGGUCCUCUCUGCCCAGGCCUGCCUCCUCCCUGCCCCGCCGUGCCCCCCCAGCAGAGCACGACAACACCAGCCCUGCCCCCCGCAGGCCCACCUCAAUUCAAACUGAGCCCAGAGGGGAGCACAGGUCUGGGAGGUCCCCUAGUAUCGCAGUCGGCACAAACUCGUCGGCCCGUUCCCGUUCGGCUCGUAGCGGAGCCUCCACGCCUCACACCCCCGGCUCCACAGCGGUCACCCCAGGAACACCACCCAGCUACUCCUGCCGCACCCCUGGGAGUCGCACCCCCGGCAGCCACACACCCAAGUCUCUCAGCCUCCUCACUCAGGAGAAGAAGUUUGCUGUGAUCCGCACACCGCCCAAGUCGCCCUCCACCACGCCCAAGCAGCUGCGCGUCCUCAACCAGCCCCUGCCUGACCUGAAGAACAUCAAGUCCAAGAUCGGCUCCACAGACAACAUGAAGUACCAGCCCAAAGGAGGACAGGUCUUCAUUCCAAGUGUUAAACUGGACUUUAGCCAUGUCCAAUCUAAGUGUGGCUCCCUGGACAAAAUCCAGUACGCACCCACCGGGGGAAACGUCCACAUUACCACCAAGAAGAUAGACCUGAGCCACAUCACCUCCAAAUGUGGAUCAAUGUCCAACAUCCGUCACCGACCAGGGGGUGGUAACGUGCGCAUUGAGAGUGUGAAGCUGGACUUCAAGGACAAGGCCGAGGCCAAAGUGGGCUCACUGGCCAACGCCAGUCACACCCCCGGGGGAGGACAAAUCAUGAUCGAGAGCCACAAGCUGACGUUCCGUGACACGGCCAAGGCUCGCGUGGACCACGGGGCAGACGUUAUCACCCUGUCCCCAGGUGGCACCGGGGGUACAUCCCCCCACCGUCUCAGCAACGUGUCUUCCACGGGUAGCCUCAACCUCCUGGACUGCCCCCAGCUGUCCACACUGGCCCAGGACGUCACCAUGGCCCUGGCCAAGCAAGGCUUAUGAGCAUCCUGCCUCCAUCGCCCCCUGGUUCCCGGUCCUCCAUCGCCCCCUGGUUCCUGGUCCUCCAUCUCCGCCUGGUUCCUGGUCCUCCAUCUCCCCCUGGUACCUGGUCCUCCAUCUCUCCCUGGUUCCUGGUCCUCCAUCUCCCCCUGGUUCCUGGUCCUCCAUCGCCCCUCGGACCUCCUGGAUCCCUUGGACCUGGUCUUAACAUCCCCCCUUCAACAUUUCUCCGUCGGCCCUCCACUGCAACAACCCUUCGCCGUUGUCCCCCAAGAUAAGAAACCAGAUGACUCAGAGUAUCAGAGUCCAUCUUCCAUCAUUCCACUCCCCCUCUCGCUCCUCCAUAGGAAAACAUGCUAUUUAAACUACCACCACCAGGGGGAUUUUAAUGACUGACUCUAGGAUGUUUGUUCUUCUUCUUUCUGUUCUAAGGGAUGUGCUCGACUCUGCUAGGGUGUGUUGUGUUGUUCUUUUGGCUUCUUUUCAUUACAUGUUGAACUUUCUUUGGGACAUUACUGUAGAUGACCAGUGUGCUAGCUAGGCAUUGAAACAGGUACAGGGAUAGUGUUGAUAGGGUAUUAUCGGUUAUCAAAGACUUUACAGUGAUUCUUAUUGUGUGGCAAUGAUCUCAAAGACAUUCCAUUUGGCCUAGGAUAUUAAGCGGUCCAGCCUGGUUUCAUUCCCAACAUACACUAUAUAUACAAAAGUAUGUGGACACCCCUUCAAGUUAGUGGAUUCGGCUAUUUCAGCCACACCCGUUGCUGACAGGUGUAUAAAAUUUAGCACACAGCCAUGCAAUCUCCAUAGACAAACAUUGGCAGUAGAAUUGCCUUACUGAAGAGCUUAGUGGCUUAUAACAUGGCACCAUCAUAGGAUGCCACCUUUCCAACAAGUCAGUUUUUCACAUUUCUGCCCUGCCAGAGCUGCCCCGGGCAAUUGUAAGCGCUGUUAUUGUAAAGUGGAAACGUCUAGGAGCAACAACGUCUCAGCUGCGAAGUGGUAGACCACACAAGCGCACAGAACGGGACCACCAAGUGUUGAAGAGCGUAGUGUGUAAACAUCUGUCUGUCCUCGGUUGCAACACUCACUACUGAGUUCCAAACUUUCUCAAGGAGCAACAUCAGCACAAGAACUGUUCGUCGGGGGCUUCAUGAAAUGGGUUUCCAUGGCCGAGCAACCGCACACAAG